GGGGUGGGACACUCGGGGGCGGUUCUUCGCCACCCGAUUUAACGCUCUCGCCCGCCGCGGGGUGCCGAAGAGAAAGAGGGUGACACGAAAGAGGCGCGCGAAGUACAACCAGGAUACGUAUUCCACGCGUGGACGACAGACGAGCUCGCUCGCGAGUAAACCACCCCUGGACGCGGCCCGUAGUCGUGACGGUACAAGACAAGUGUCACACACCGACAGGGGUGCAGAGCUUUAACUAUCGUUACUGUAAUCAAGAUAAUUUGGACGUUGCAGAAGUAGAACUGAAGAAGGAAAAUCACGAAAAAGAAGUUGAAGAGCCGUCAGAAUGAAGAAAUAUGAGUCAUCAUAGAAAAAACAAAACUUUGUUCUAGUCGAAGAUACCAGAUGUUGUUAUAGGUGAAAAGAAUUGCAGUUGCAAGAAAACCAACUUUUAUUAUAGAAUAAACGACUUUUCGUCAAAAUUGAAGAACUAAAUCUGCACCUUCAAUUGAAGAAAUUAGCCGUUAAUAUAAUUGAAAAAUCGAGUGUUUGACUUGUUGUACUUGAAGAAGGAAUUCUUAGAAAAGAAACUGACGACUUGGACGUUGUCUAUCCGGCGAUUGUGACUUGAACUGUGAGACCAACAUCACUUCCAGCUGCUGAUAUCCGAACUGCAUUCACAGAAUGGAUGGACCGGCGGUGCUGUCGAUGCCGCCAUUGACUCCUUCACAGAAAUCAGUACAGACACCGCAGCCGCAACCACAUCAGAAACCAGAUCAGGAGUUGCAGGUGAGCACCGUGUCACUCUACGGGAUUCACAUCGUCUCGUUGCUGAUCGAGGGCCAGGAGAGGCUAUGCUUGGCGCAAAUCAGUAACACUCUACUGAAGCAGUUCAGUUACAACGAGAUUCACAAUCGUCGGGUGGCAUUGGGCAUCACCUGUGUGCAGUGCACACCGGUGCAGCUGGAAAUACUUCGUCGUGCCGGUGCGAUGCCAGUGUCCUCGCGAAGAUGUGGCAUGAUUACUCGCAGAGAAGCGGAGCGGCUCUGCAAAUCCUUCCUUGGCGAUAACGCACCACCUAGGUUGCCCGAGGAUUUCGCGUUCGCCGUUCACCACGAGUGCGCCUGGGGUUGUCGCGGCGCUUUCAUGCCAGCCCGUUACAACAGCUCGCGCGCCAAGUGCAUUAAGUGCACGUACUGCAACAACUUCUUCUCACCGAACAAGUUCAUCUUUCACUCGCACCGUCUCGACCAGGCCACCAAGUACGUGCAACCGGACGCGGCCAAUUUCAACUCGUGGCGCCGGCACAUGAAGCUGUCCGGCAAUCCCCCGGACGAGGUGGUGCACGCCUGGGAAGACGUCAAGGCGAUGUUCAACGGCGGCACGAGAAAGCGUCUGCUGGGUAGCUCAAACAGCUCCCGGGAAUCGCCGAAGCAGCCGAGAUCCCCGCCGACCAGCACCGCGCAGCUACCCACCCUGGUGUCAACACCGACGCACCCCCGAGUACCAUCGUUCCCGGAAUUACCCCUGCCGCUGUCUCGCAGUCUCGUCAUGGACUACGUGUGGCAUCAGCAUCAGGCGGCUGCAGUCGCCGCGGCCAAGACACCUAGCCCGUUUGCCUUUCCGUCCUACGCCCUGCCCUGGCUGGCUAAGCGGAGUCCUGUUUUGUUUCCUGGACCGCUACCGCCGCCGAUAAGCGGUUCCAGUCCCACGGAACCCCUGAUUCCCACCGUCAACCCACCCUUACAUCAGUCUGCAUUCCGUCCGGUAAUUCGCGGACCGCCCAUUGUGGAACCCGCGGUGAUCCCGGAACGAACUGCGAAUGUAGGGCAGAAGGAUGAGAAUUCCGACGACGAGGUCGACAUCGAGACAACUGAAGACGACCCAGUGACGCCACUGAACGCGAGUCUUCACUCAGCCUCAAAUUCCGCCAUGAGCAGUCACAGUGGACGAAGUACGUCGCCGCAAUGCUGGAGUCCUCCUCGAGAAACGGAACGGGAGGCUGAGAAGAUCGCCGAGGAAGCUGCAGCUCUACGCGAGGUGAAAACAGAAUUGCCACCGGCGAGAAGUCCCGAGAGCUGGCACGGCAAUGCUUAUUAUCGACAUCUCGACGUCCUCAAGGGUAACGAGCCAACGGCGGAAAGGGCGGGUUCCGAUUGCUCGGCUUGUCGUCCUCCACGUGGUAUAUUUUAUGGCCAAGUCCACAGUCCGUCCGCGCCGACCAAUUAAUCGAGCUGGCUGGCUGAAUUAAUCGACACACAGGAGCGAAAAGAGAGCAAGUCACAUCUAAUCCCAAGUCAUUCCGUAAGCUUGCGACACGUCUGUUGCCUUAAUAAAGCACACUCGUCGAUCUCUUUAUCCUCGAAUUUAAGGGCUGCACGUCACAAUGGUCUAAGUGCGCCUUUUUAAAGUCUCGAAUGAAUUAGUCUCACAAAGUAGAUAAAAAUAAAUUCAAAUUAA